UUAAAAUUUUAUAUAUGUGCAGAAGCGAGAAAAAGAGAGAAAAAAAUAAAUAAAAUAAAAUUUUAAAGGGAAUCCAAAGACAACUAUAACUUUCUCCAGACAACAAAUUUAGUUACAACCUCCAAAAAUGAUGGAGUUCCAAUUCCCCUCCUUUAACCCAGAAUCCAUCGCAAUGCUUUUCGUUUUGUUUUUCAUUUCAUGUUAUUACCUUUGGCGAAAGUUGGAACAGCACAACGUUAGUGAACGGAAACAGGCCCCGGUGCUGCCCGGAGCGUGGCCGAUAAUCGGCCAUCUCCAUCUGAUGCACAAUGCGAAGCUCCCCCAUCAUGCUCUUGGAGCCAUGGCGGACAAAUAUGGGCCCAUCUUCCGGCUGCAGCUUGGGUCACGGUCGGCUUUGGUGGUGAGCAGUUGGGAAAUGGCUAAAGAAAGCAUGUGUGUUAACGACGCCGCUGCUGCCUCCCGUCCUGGAGUCUCUGGCACCAAACAUUUUUCGUAUGACUUCGCAGCCUUCGGGUUGGCUCCUUAUAGUCCUUACUGGCGAGAGAUUCGUAAGGUCACUCACAUGGAGCUCCUCUCUAAUCAACGCGUUGAUCAGUUUAAGAACACCAUGUUUGGUGAGAUCAAGACAUCAUUGACAGAGCUGCACAAAACAUGGGCAGCCCAGAAGGACGAAUCCGGGCAGGUUCAAGUGGAGAUGAAGCGUUGGUUUGGGGAUGUGAUAUUGAAUAUGCUUCUUAAGAUCAUCAUCGGAAAACGAUGUGUCGGUCCGAACGCUGAGGGAGGCGAAAAACAAGCUAAGGAUUUUCAGUUGGCAAUUAGGGACUCCUUCCAUUUGAUGGGUCAAGGGUUACUGAGAGACUACAUUCCUCUGAUCGGACGGCUGGGAUUUAAUGGACAAGUGAAGGUGAUGGAGAAUAUAGCCACACGAUUCGACAUGGUUCUAAGGGAAUGGCUGGAAGAGCACAAGCGUAAGAGAGCUUCUUCUUCUUCUGGUAAAAAAAAUGAAGACUUUAUGGAUGCUCUCCUUUCUUUAUAUGAUGGCAAAAGGAUUGAAGGUUAUUAUGAUGGGGAUACCAUCAUUAAAGCCACAACCCUGAAUAUGAUAGCAGGUGGAACUGAAAGCACAACGGUGACUCUAACAUGGGCGAUGUCAUUGUUACUAAACAACCCACACGUCCUUGAAAAGGCACAACAAGAGCUCGACACGGUGGUCGGUCGAGAUAGGCGGCUGAAGGAUUCAGACAUACCCAACCUUGUUUAUUUACACUGCAUAAUCAAAGAAACAAUGCGACUGUACCCAGCAGGGCCUUUAUUAGGACCACGUGAGUUCUACAAAGACUGCAUUGUGGAUGGCUACUUUGUCCCCAAAGGCACCCAAUUGAUCCCAAACAUUUGGAAGAUCCAAACCGAUCCACGUGUCUGGCCCGACCCGUUUGAGUUCAAGCCGGAGCGAUUUUUGACGACUCAUAAGAAUGUGGAUUUAAAAGGGAAUAAUUUCGAAUUGAUUCCAUUUGGGACCGGGAGGAGAGGGUGUCCUGGAAUUUCGUUUGGGCUUCAAAUGGUGCAUUUUGCUUUGGCUGGGUUUUUACACUCCUUUGAUGUCAGAAAACCGACCAAGGAACCUAUUGAUAUGUCGGAGAAUUUCGGAAUGGCUAAUGAGAAAGUGGUUCCUCUAAAUGUUUUGGUCACUUCACGGUUACCUUCUUAUCUUUACGCACUCAAUUAGUCGCUUUCGCAAUGGUGAAUUUUCUGGUGCCACUUUCGUUUGUAUUGUUUUAUCUUAUGUUGUUGGCCACACAACAAGAACACAUGUGGUACCGAAUAAGGGUGGUUUUAUCUAUCUAUCUAUAUAUAUAUUGCUUCUCUUUUUCUUUUUUGGGUUCAA